GGAACCGACUCGUAUAAGAACGACGAUCGUUUCCUCCUAGACGAAUGCUACCUUCGACCUACUUACGUUCAACCCAUCUCUACAGUCUUUCUCGCCAAGAUGCAGUUCACUCAACUCCUCCUCGCUGUCGUCCCGUUCAUCGGUUUGUCGCAAGCCUAUCUUUGCUCGUGCGAUCGCAGCACAACUGCAUCAAUCACUUGCUGCCCUGACAUUCAGAAAUGGAAUGGCUAUGAGUGUGAGCCAGCUGAUCGUCAAGCCUACACCGAUUGCUGUGCGGAUCAGUUCUCCACUACGACCUUCUGCAGAGAUGGCAGCGUUUAAGUUGGUUGAGCAUAUGUGGUCUUCCUGAUAUAUAACUUGGCAUAAAAAUAAUUGCAAGUUAAAGUCUCAAGCAAAUUGAGUAGUUGACGUGCUGGUUGUACCUUGAGCGAUGUUUAUUCCCCAAAGCCAUACUUCUUUCUGGAUCCCUCACGCAUCUUCGUCCCAUAAAGAAUAUUCCUCAAAAUAGACGUUAUGGAUUCUCUUCGCAUAGUCGACCAAAGUAGGGAAACUCAUGAUGACACCUUUGCUAUCCGGAGCCCUAUUAUCAAACAUGUUAGUCAGUUCUUCGUGCACAGCAUCGCACUGGAAUGGUG